GCGGAACGCUACACGUCAGAAUUGGUGGUGGCAAAGGACGGACCAAUGGGAAGGACGGACCAAUGGGAAGGAUGUUUACCUCGCGUCUCAACAAUGUGUCGUUCCGAUUCAGAUUUUGGCGUUGAUGAGCAUCUGAUUCAUUCUCUACGAUUAAUAAGGAGGAAGCUGAGCUCUGUUCUGGUUGCCUGAGGACACACCUGCUGUAACACUUACCUGUGCUGUGUGAACCUUGGCCUUUGCGUGAACUAAGGGAGUGUGUCACCUGAGGCAGGACAGCGGGAUUCUUCUCAACCAUCAUCCAUCGAUCUACAACACUCACUUCUUGAAGUCCAAGCUAGCCUGACUGCUCUCUCCCUCUCUCUGUAUCUAUUCAUCCAUCCAUCUACAACACUCACUUCUUGAAGUCCAGGCUAGCCUGACUGCUCUCUCCCUCUCUCUGUAUCUAUUCAUCCAUCCAUCUACAACACUCUCUUCUUGAAGUCCAAGCUAGCCUGACUGCUCUCUCUCUCUGUAUCUAUUCACCCAUCCAUCUACAACACUCUCUUCUUGAAGUCCAAGCUAGCCUGACUGCUCUCUCUCUGUAUCUAUUCAUCCAUCCAUCCCUCCUUCACACUUCUCUAUGCUUCUGUCCAAUUAUGUCCCUCAGUAAGACUUCUGUCUCUCCGUCCCUCCGUGAUCCAUCUCUCUGUCCAUCUGCGCCCCUCCUGACAGCCAGGCUGGAUUUCCUGCAGAUGAAACACUUGAAGAGGAAGAGGAAGAGUAACUACAGCGUUCGUGAGACACAGACACUGAUCCGGGAGAUCCACAAAAGACGAGACGUGCUGUUCUCCCGCCAGCAGAACACCGCCAUCAACGAGCUGAAGAGACAAGCCUGGGAGGAGGUAGCAGGAGGCGUCAACUCACUGGGAGAGGGCGAGCUACGCACAUCUUCAGAGGUGAAGCGGCGUUACCUGGACUGGCGGUCGCUAAUGAAGAGGAAGCAGCUCCGUGCUGAGCUGUCUCUCUCCACAGGGCUGAAGGCAGAGUAUGAUCCAUCCUCCCCUGAACACAACGCCUCACUGGGCUCAAGGGACCAGUCACUCGACCUCUCUAGCUUUCCCAAGGAGUCCCAGUGCGACUGGCAGGACCUGGCGGAUCUUGGAGAGCCCAGCGGACACGCAAUGUCUACAGGGAUUAAGAUGGAGGAGGAUGUCAAUGGAUACAGGCUGGAGGGUGAUAGCGGAGAGGGAGAUGGUGAGGUAGAGGAGGAGGAGGAGGAGGAUGAUGAUGAUGAUGAAGAUGGUUUCCCCUCCCUCCUACCCGACAUGGGAGAGCGCGAUGUACGUAUCCCGGAAGUCUUCUCACACAUUGAUGAGUUUGGAAUGCUCAGCGCCUCAAAGGGGACGGCGACCUCAAUAAAUCGGGACCUCUCAUUGGGCGGAAUGGGCUUUGCUGGGUUAGGACUGGCCAAUCACGAGAGUACAGGACUUCUGGUUGGUUUGGAGAAGCAGCGUGUGGAACUGGAGAAGCAGCGUCUGGCUGUGGAAACGGAGCGGCUUGUGGUGGAGAGAGAGAGACUCCUACUGGAUAAGGAGAGACUGAGUCAGUCGGAGGUGGAGAGGGAGAGAUUGCAGCUGGAGAGAGAGAGAUUGCAGCUGGAGAAAGAGAGACUUGGGCUGUUGCUCAUGAACCAAUCAGAACGGGCUUCUGCUCCCUCCCAGCAAGGCCCUCCCUCCUCCUCCACUCCUACCACAUCCUCUUCCUCUGCUGUGGAUGGACAGAAUGAGAGAAAUGAGAAUAAACCCUGGCUUUCUAUGAUAGAUCUGGAGGGUGAGAGACUGAGGCUGGAGAAGGAGCGACUGCAGUUAGAGAAAGAGAGGCUGCAGUUCUUUAAGUUUGAGUCUGGACGACUGCAGAUAGAGCGGGAGAGACUAGAGGUGGAGAGAAUGCAGCUUCACCAGGACCAGGGUCAUUGAGAGAGGGAGGAUAGGAUUGCAUCAAAUAACAUUUUGUCACAUGCUUCGUAAACAACAUCUGUGGACUAACAGUGAAAUGCUUAUGGGCCGUUCCCAAUAAUGUAGAGAGGAAAUAAAUAAUUGAAAGAUGAUGAUGAUAAUAAUAGAUACAUAAUUAGAAAUGAAAAGCUUUGUAAUAUACAUGGGGUACCAGUACCAAUUUGAUGUGUAGGGGUACAAGGUAAUUGAGGUACAUACAGUGGCAAGAAAAAGUAUGUGUACCCUUUGGAAUUACCUGGAUCUCUGCAUAAAUUAGGCAUAAAAUUUGAUCUGAUCUUCAUCUACAGUAUGUCACAACAAUAGACAAACAGUCUGCUUAAACUAAUAACAUACAAAUGAUUGUAUUUGUCUUGUCUUUAUUGAAUAAAUAAAUUAAACAUU